AGGUGUCUGUUUCCAAAGCUAGCACAAUGCGAGCUGCAGUUGUACACAGUUAGCUUAUUAGCUACAUAACAAGUUAGCAACCCGCCAACUAUGUCCCUGCCCAGAAACAUUUAAGAAGCAGAUGGUGUAAACAAGACGGAAUCGCUUACACUGGCUUGACGUUUCCAGCGUCGGUAUCAAAUUUGACCCACGGUUAACGAUAAUACAGUAUCAAAUAAACUCGUGUUUGUUGACACGCUGCGUAGCUAAUGUUUCAGUGGCAACUUUACGCGUGAGGCGUAAAUCAGCUUUAACCACAUUAUUGCUCACACAGGCUAACGUUAUUGUGCAAUACAUAACAAAAGGUAACAGUAAUUAAAGUUAAGCUAGUCCCGCCCUGUUUCAGGGCGGACAGAUACACCGUUUUAAUAAAUUAUAUCCAGGGGUAGGUACAUCGCGUUAAUUAGCCAACUAGCUACGUAACGGUUGUUCCGAGCAUUGACAGGUCGCCAGGCAGGCGAAACCCUGCGUGCUGUGUCCACUGCACUGCCCUUUUCACACUAUUCAGUGAGACAGGACGGAUUGCAGAGAAAGAGAAAGAGAGGCAGGAGGAAAAGCAAGGCGAUGACAGCACUACAAGACACUGAGGAUGCCAGUGAAACAGACCUUGCCAAGCAUGACGAGGAUGACUAUGUGGAAAUCAAAGAGCAAAUGUACCAAGACAAACUGGCCUCCCUGAAAAGACAGCUGCAGCAGUUACAAGAAGGUACACUGCAGGAGUAUCAGAAGAGGAUGAAGAAGCUGGACCAGCAGUACAAAGAGAGACUCAGAAAUGCAGAUUUAUUUCUCCAACUUGAGACAGAGCAGGUGGAGAGGAACUACAUCAAGGAGAAGAAGGCAGCGGUGAAGGAGUUUGACGAUAAAAAGGUGGAACUGAAGGAAAACCUAAUUGCAGAGCUGGAGGAGAAGAAGAAGAUGAUCGAGAAUGAAAAAUUAACAAUGGAGCUGACAGGUGACUCAAUGGAGGUAAAACCUAUCAUGACUCGGAAGCUGAGGAGACGGCCCAAUGAUCCAGUCCCAAUACCAGACAAACGGAGGAAACCUGCGCCAGCUCAGCUAAAUUAUUUGUUAACAGACGAACAGAUAAUGGAAGAUUUAAGAACACUUAAUAAGCUUAAGUCACCAAAACGGCCAGUGUCUCCCUCGUCCCCAGAGCACGUCCCCUCAGCUCCCAUGGAGAACCCCUCCCAGCGUUACGAGGCCCGCAUUGAGGAAGGGAAACUUUACUACGACAAAAGAUGGUACCACAAGAGCCAGGCCAUCUACUUGGAAUCAAAGGACAACACAAAGAUUAGCUGUGUCAUCAGCUCAGUGGGGACCAAUGAGAUCUGGGUGAGGAAGACGAGCGACAGUACGAAAAUGAGAAUCUACCUGGGACAGCUGCAGAGAGGAGCGUUUGUCAUCCGCCGACGGUCGGCCGCAUGAAACAUCACCCCGCCCCCCUCCUACGCCCAGCCCCCAUCUGUUCAUUUAUCCAUUCAUCCAUACGCUUGUUCAUCCACUGUUUCCCUGUUUGAUGCAUCUCAGUUGAGUUUGACAUGUGGCCUCUCCAUCGUAUAGUGUACACUACCCCCCACAACACAUACACUCCUCCACAGCCAGGGAUAUCUCGUCAGAUUUUAUGUUUCCCCACGUAAACCAAACGCCAACACAAGAAAAAGGACUGUUUUCCAGAAUUAUUUGUCACUAUGUGGCAUGUGUAUGAAGGCAGUUAGUAGUCAUAAAGGAGGCUACUUUGAUUUUUGUCACAUGCUAUUAACAUAAGUCUCUUCUACACCAUGCAGUUUUAUUUACAUUUAUCAUUAAGUUAUUUCUCUUGAGCAGCCUCACAGAAACCGUCUUCAAGCCUUUCAAACUGUCUCACUGUUGACGUGUAACAAAGCAAGCACUGAAAAACCUUGUUGGCAGGAUUUGUGGUAUUAACUCUCUACAAAAAAAAAACAACAACAUUGAUUAGACCUGGACCUGUCUAAUAAAACUGCAUCUGUUGAGAUGAGGAAUUGCUUCAGGUUUGGCUGAAUAUCAUUAAUCCCUCGAGUGAAGAUGUUACAGUUUCCUUACAGGAGUCAUGCCAGUUUCAAAACAAUACGCCUUUUGCACUGUCAUUAAGACAUGGAGGCUUGCCGUGCUUAUUUGGAGAAAAAAAAGUAUUUUGAAGUUUUUAUGUUAAUAUUUUUUAUGUCCUUUUGUCAUCCUCUCCGUAUGUGAAUGACCUGGAUUAGUUCAGCUGUAUUUGCAUGUGGAGCAUUAAGUUGACUGUUGAUUUGUACUGUGUUCCAUUUUAUUAAAAUGUUUUCUGCCUUUGAU